GAUUUGCUUUUCCGGAGGCCCUGGGGUGCCCAGUUCCUCCUGAGCCCAGACCGCGGGGCCCUGCAAAAGUUCGAGUAUGGGAGACACAGUGUGGGGCCACGGGGCUCUGUCUGGCACUAGGUGACUUUCUGGAGAAAAGUUAAUCGCUUUUGAGGGGACGCACCCACUUUCUCUUCUCUGUGUCGUCAGAGCUCCAGGGAGGGACCUGGUUAGACGGAGAAGCCGGAAACAGCGGGCUGGGGCGGCCAGUGCUUACACCGAGGAGGAAGGACGGGAGAGGUUGUGUGCGUGUGCGUGUGUGUGUGCGUGUGUGUGUGUGCGUGCGCUGCUCGGCGGUGGCGGUGGAGGGGGGUGCGAGCAGGGCCAGCCCGGAACCGCCGGACGGAGCUGCAGCCCCAUGGGGCCUGGCGGUGGCCGCUGAGCCCGGGAGACGGCGGCAGGGGGGUUGCCAAGAAGGCACCCUGCAAACCCUAGAUCAUGUCUCUGUGGAGUCUGGUCUCCAAGAUGCCCCCAGAAAAACUGCAGCGGCUCUAUGUCGACUUUCCCCAACACCUGCGGCAUCUCCUGAGUGACUGGCUAGAGAACCAGCCCUGGGAGUUCCUGGUCGGCUCAGACACCUUCUGCUGCAACAUGGCUAGCGCCCUACUUUCCGCCACUGUCCAGCGUCUUCAGGCUUCAGCAGGGAAGCAGGGGGAGGGGAGCACCAUCUUGCAACAUAUCAGCACCCUGGAGAGCAUAUAUCAAAGGGACCCCCUGAAGCUGGUGGCCACUUUUAGACAAAUACUUCAAGGGGAGAAAAAAGCUGUUAUGGAACAGUUCCGUCACCUGCCAAUGCCCUUCCACUGGAAGCAGGAGGAACUGAAGUUUAACACAGCACUGCAAAGGCUGCAGCACCGGGUGGGGGAAACUCGCCUUCUCCGAGAAGCCUUGCAGCCAGGGGCUGAGGCUGGCCAAGUGUCUCUGCGCAGCCUGAUAGAUGCUCCUGCCAAUGGAACUGGGCCAAGGGAGGCCCUGGCCACAUUGCUGCAGGAGACUGUUGGGGAGCUGGAGGCAGCCCAGGCCCUGGUGCUGAAGAGGAUCCAGAUUUGGAAGCGGCAGCAGCAGCUGGCAGGGAAUGGCGCACCCUUUGAGGAAAGCCUGGCACCACUACAAGAGAGGUGUGAGAGCCUGGUGGACAUCUAUUCUCAGCUGCAGCAGGAGGUGGGGGCGGCUGGUGGGGAGCUUGAGCCCAAGGCCCGGGCGGUGCUGAGCAGCCGGCUGGAUGAAGUCCUGCGAAGCCUCGUUACCAGCUCUUUCCUGGUAGAGAAGCAGCCCCCCCAGGUUCUGAAGACUCAGACCAAGUUCCAGGCUGGGGUUCGAUUCUUACUGGGUCUGCGGUUCCUGGGGGCCCCCGCCAAGCCUCCGCUGGUCAGGGCAGACAUGGUGACUGAGAAGCAAGCAAGGGAGCUGAGCAUGCCCCAGGGGCCGGGGGCUGGAGCGGAAAGCACCGGGGAAAUCAUCAACAACACGGUGGCCCUGGAGAACAGCAUUCCUGGGAACUGCUGCUCGGCCCUGUUCAAGAACCUGCUUCUGAAGAAGAUCAAGCGCUGUGAGCGGAAGGGCACCGAGUCGGUCACGGAGGAGAAGUGCGCCGUGCUCUUCUCCACCAGCCUCGCGCUCGGCCCCAACAAACUCCCCGUCCAGCUCCAGGCCCUGUCUCUGCCCCUGGUGGUCAUUGUCCACGGCAACCAGGACAACAAUGCCAAAGCCACCAUCUUGUGGGACAAUGCCUUCUCUGAGAUGGACCGUGUGCCCUUUGUGGUAGCUGAGAGGGUGCCCUGGGAGAAGAUGUGUGAAACUCUGAACCUCAAGUUCAUGGCCGAAGUGGGGACCAAUCGGGGGCUACUCCCAGAGCACUUCCUCUUCCUAGCCCAGAAGAUCUUCAAUGACAACAGUCUCAGCAUGGAGGCCUUCCAGCACCGCUCUGUGUCCUGGUCACAGUUCAACAAGGAGAUCCUGCUGGGUCGUGGCUUCACCUUUUGGCAGUGGUUUGAUGGUGUCCUGGACCUCACCAAGCGCUGUCUCCGGAGCUACUGGUCAGAUCGGCUGAUCAUUGGCUUCAUCAGCAAACAGUACGUCACUAGCCUUCUUCUCAAUGAGCCUGAUGGAACAUUCCUCCUUCGCUUCAGUGACUCAGAGAUUGGGGGCAUCACCAUUGCCCAUGUCAUCCGGGGCCAGGAUGGCUCCCCACAGAUAGAGAACAUCCAGCCAUUUUCUGCCAAAGACCUAUCCAUUCGUUCACUGGGAGACCGAAUCCGGGACCUUGCUCAGCUCAAAAACCUCUACCCUAAGAAACCCAAGGACGAAGCUUUCCGGAGCCACUACAAGCCUGAACAGAUGGGUAAGGAUGGCAGGGGUUACGUCCCAGCUACCAUCAAGAUGACUGUGGAAAGGGACCAGCCACUUCCUACCCUGGAGCCCCAAAUGCCUACCAUGGUGCCCACUUACGAUCUUGGAAUGGCCACUGAGUCCUCCAUGAAUAUGCAGCUCAGCCCAGAUAUGGUGUCCCAGGUGUACCCACCACACUCUCACUCCAUGCCCUCAUUCCAACCCCUCUCCAGGGAAGAUGUGUUGCCAACCUUCCAGGAAUCUCACCUGCAGAUGCCCCCCAACCUGAGCCAGAUAAACCUGCCCUUUGACCAACCUCACCCUCAGGGCCUCCUCCCAUGCCAGUCUCAGGAGCAUGCCGUGUCCACUCCUGAGCCCCUGCUCUGCUCAGAUGUGCCCAUGACAGAAGACAGCUGCCUGAGCCAGCCGGUGGGAGGGUUCCCUCAGAGCACCUGGGUCGGUGAAGACAUGUUCCCACCCUUGCUGCCUCCUACUGAACAGGACCUCACCAAGCUUCUCCUGGAGGGGCAAGGGGAAUCAGGGGGAGGGUCCUUGGGAACCCAGCCCCUCCUGCAGCCCUCUCACUAUGGGCAGUCUGGGAUCUCAAUGUCCCAUCUGGACCUAAGGGCCAACCCUAGCUGGUGAUACCAGCUGCAAAGAGAGCCCAGAGACACAGCUCUUCUAUCCCCACGGACCUGCUCAGGACACCUACCCAUGCUCCUGCCAAGCAGCAGAUGGGGAGAGUGUCCUCCUAUCCCCACCUACUCCCUGGGCAGGAGGAAAAGACUGCCAGGAAAAUGCAGUGGGUGGAGCCUAUCCACUCCUUUCCUCCUACCACACACCUCUGUCCUCCCCCUUCCAACGCUGGAAGGGAAAUUCAGGUUCCAAAGUGAGACACGCCCCAACACGCCUGCACACGCAGCACACACACGCAGCUCUCCCUGGAAGAUGGGGCUGAGUAGGAAAGGGGCUGGGCAAGAGCACAGGUGAGGGCUCGGAGGAGGACUUCUCCGCUCACCUCGGACAGAGCCCAGGACACACAUGUAGAAACACGCAGACACGUGCACACAUUUGUACUAGAGGUUGGGGACUGAGGGAUGGGCUCAGGUCCCAGCCGGGGUGGGGGGCGGAGGGAUGGAGAAGCAGUUUGGAGCCUGGGUUGGCGGAGGUGGCGAAAUCUGUACACUCGGGUUACUGAUGUGGGUAAUGCCCAGAUUAAAAAACAAAUUUCAAACAGCCCCAAAUUCCUGUCAGGUCACAUGUAGGAGAUGGCGCAGAAGCCCAAGGGCUGCGCUUCACGGCCAGCUGGGUGAAAGCGCGUGAACUUGAGCGAGGUCACACACGUUAGUCGUUAGGGCCACAAAAAACCUGUAUCUAUGUGAUCUCGCCUGUGUGACUACACAAGUUUGGAAAUGUGAAACACUGCACAAGACACCGGCGAGUGUGCGGGCUUCUCUGAUGCACGCUAACCCACAUGUACUCGGCUUUGGUAUGACUGUGGCCCCGGUGGGUCUACCCGGCCGUGACAUCUGUAUGUGGCUCUAGCUUUGGUACCUCAACACGCCAAUCCUCCCCAGAGGCAGGGGGUGAGUCGGGGACCCAGGCCCAGGUGUUUGGUCCUCUGAGUGUAUGAGGGGGCCCUACCUGCUGCUGCUUUUCUAUUUCCCCAUCCACUGCCAGCUUCCCUCCACACCCCCAUCCCCAUGCCACCCUUUCUCCCCUGGGGGGGGGUCAUCGAUCCUAAGCCAUAAAAUAAAUUUUAUUCCAAAAUAACAAAAUAAAUAAUCUACUGUACACGA